CAAAGCAAUGAGUGAGGUAGGCAGAGACCAAUGCAGUCCAGCCCGGGACCUGAGAGCCAAUCGCAGGAGUAGAGGGCGGGGCGUCGGCGGCAGCAGAUAAUUGCUAAGUGCAUCCCUAGCACAGUUGGUCAGAGCUGCUGAAAGGUCUGGUCGCAGAGACAGGAACGCGUAAUUCUCAGCGUGCUCCAUCCGGACAGCAGGACAGCAUCUACCCACCUUCCAGCAGGGCAUCCAGCCUCUGGACCACAGCCCCUCUGCUCCUCGGAAAAGCCUGAUGAAGUCCUCCGAUAUCGAUCAAGAUUUAUUUACAGACAGUUACUGCAAAGUGUGCAGUGCACAACUGAUAUCAGAAUCCCAGCGCGUGGCCCACUACGAGAGUCGAAAACAUGCAAGCAAAGUCCGACUGUAUUAUAUGCUGCACCCCAGGGAUGGCGGGUGUCCUGCCAAGAGACUCCGGGCAGAAAACGGAAGUGAUGCUGACACGGUGGAUAAGAACAAGUGCUGCACCCUCUGUAACAUGUCUUUCACCUCCGCGGUGGUGGCUGACUCACACUACCAAGGCAAAAUCCACGCCAAAAGAUUAAAACUAUUGCUAGGAGAGAAAACACCAUCAAAGACCACAGCCACACCCCUGAGCUCACUUAAGCCCACCCGGGUGGAGGCUGUUCCCGUGGUUGAAUCUGCUUAUCAAAGAAGAGACUCGGACAGGUACUGCGGGCUCUGUGCAGCCUGGUUCAACAACCCCCUGAUGGCCCAGCAGCAUUAUGAGGGCAAGAAACACAAAAAGAAUGCGGCUAGAGUUGCUCUGCUAGAACAGCUUGGGACAAGCCUGGAUAUGGGGGAAUUGAGAGGUCUGAGGCGCACUUACAGAUGCACCAUCUGCAGUGUCUCCUUAAACUCCAUAGAACAGUACCACGCCCACCUGAAAGGAUCCAAACACCAGACCAACCUGAAGAAUAAGUAGUGAAGACAACAAGGAAGACAUAAGGAAAGAUGCCAGCAUUUCUCUGCUGUGGAGACUUGUUAUCAACCACCUGAGGAGGAUCUUUUCUUGAAAAAUGAACAUUUCUUACAAGGAUUCACAGAUUAACACAUGACUAAUCUUGAUUUUGGAAAGUGAAUGAUAUUCUUUCUUUUUUCUUUUUUUAAUUUUGUGGUAAGUUAUGAUAUUUGGGUGGAUUUUUAAAAAUAUUCUUUCUGAUAACAUAUUUAGCAUAUGUUCUAAAUUAUAAUCCUGUGGCAAACAGAGUAUUAUUCAAACAAAGAAUGGAAAAAUUUAAUUUCCAGUUUACUCUAGAUUUUUUCAGAGUAUGAUUAUUCUGCUAAACCCUUGAUGAGUGCAAUAUAAUUCACUUCUAUCCAAAAAUAAGCAUUCUUUUGUCAUCGUGUCAACAUGAACAGAUCCAGAGCAAAUCACUAUCAAUGGAAGAUAUAUCACAGACAAAUACCAGUUCUUCACCUUCAGACAUGUGUGCCAGGCUUGGUAUCUAAAUGACAAAAGCAAGGAGGAUAAACAAAGGAAGAAUCCUCAUCCUUUCCUCCUGAUCACCUAAAGGACAGUUUCUCAAGGUGAAGCCAAGCAGUCUUUGCAAGCUGCCAAAUAAUAGCUUAGGAAAAGAGUUAGUUUGCUUGCAUGAUGAUCCUCUUAGACAAAACUGUCUUCACAGCAGUUGACUUUGGUAAAAUCUUUCCUAAAGACAUCCAGAAGAAUAACAAACCCCCAGAACAAGAUGGAAAUAGAUAUUCUUCUGAAGUUGGCCUGGAUUCUGGGCUUUAAUUUGGAGUACUGAUGAUUCGGAAAGAAGGGAAUAAAUCCUGAAGAAAUGGCAGCUUUAGGUAAGGUGAGAUCCCCUGUUUCUUCUGUUUCUCAUCAGAACCUUGUAGCUGAAUCCAUCCCUUCCCUUUGGGAUGUGGAUUUGACCACUGUUCCUCUGUGAUGGGGAACAUUUCUGAGUGCAAAUUACAAAGAUUUUUCUCUAGUUUUAAUUCUCAGCAGUGACAAUUGGAGUCUUGCUGGCCGAAUACAGGAAGGAACAUGGAGCUUCUGUCCAGGAUGCUACCAGCACUCCUGCUAGGAUUGGGCUGGGAUGGCCCUUUGCACCUUUUGACCACAGGAAUGGACCUGGGGACUGGGGUUACUGGACAUGCAUUGCUUUCCACAGAGAGCUAAGGUGAUUACAUGCCAGUGAGCAAUAAACGCAAUGACAGAUGCACAGUGUUGCUACUAAGGUGUGCUGUUCCUGUGUCUGGAAUGUGGCACUGUCCCCAUGAAGAGAGGCCACCCUGGAGGUGCCAGGGCUGGCAGUGUGUGUGCCUGCAGGGAGGAAUGGCCACAUGAGGCUGCAUUGUGGGGAGGAAGGAGGGUUUGAUGGGGAGAAAUUUAUUUUGCUGUUUUAGAAAGAAGCACACAACAGAGCUGUAAACCUCUAGUGAUGGCUUGUCUUUGAAUGUGUAAAAUAAAGCUUAAUUUGUCAUUUCUGCUGUAAAAUAAGCAUUGUCCAAGUUAAGGAAAAAAAAUUCUUUGUUUCUGUUUGUGUUUAGUGACUGAGCUCAUGCUCUGAAGUACUGUGUGUUUAUU